UGACACCGACUCCCCGCCAUGUGUGAGGCCGUGCUGCUGGAUCUGAUUCACGGCUGCUGUCUCUCUCUACCUCCCGGCCCCGCAUCGGGACCCGCAUCGGGCCCCGCAUCGGACCCGCAUGUGUUCCUGCUGUGCGGGAAACGUCACCGGGACAAAAACGGCUUCCCGUGCUCGUCCCUGAGCUCGUGCAGGAGCGCGCACGUCCUGGACUCCGGCUCCACCGCGGAGAGUCUGUACCGGUUCAAGCAGACCGUGGACGAGCUGGACCUGAGCUCGAUCCGGGUCCUGACGUCCCCGCGGGGCCGAGCCGUGCUGCGGGUCUACCAGGAGCAGCUGUUCACGGACGUGUACUCGUUUGACUACCAGGUGAGUUCCGUGGACAACUGCACCUGUCCGAACUGCGCAUGCUCCGUCCACACGGACUCACCUGGUGAAGGAGUCCUGGAAGAAGUGUCCUCGUUCCUGCAGCAGCUUCCUGCACUGAAGGGGGGCAUCACGGUCCUGAGGUCCACACUGAUCCCAGACUGCUUCGGUCACGGCUUCAGUACCCGUACCGGCGGCGUGUCCUACAUCCCGACCCUGUCCUCCCUGAACCUGUUCAGCAGCAGGAGGAGGAGGGACCCCGGGGCCGUGGUGCAGGAGAACAGACGGCGACUGGCCCUGCACGCCGGUUUCCACCCUCAGCCGCUCUGUAUGGUCAAGGUGAAUCACGCCAGCGAUGUUUGGGUUCUGGGGAAAGUGGAGCCGGAGAGCUAUGAUGGGAUAGUAACCAAUCGGACCGGGGUGGUUCUAGCUGCUCCGGGAGCCGACUGCAUGCCGAUCCUGUUCGCCGACCCGGUGUCAAAGGUCAUCGGAGCCGCUCAUUCAGGUUGGAAAGGGACCCUGAUGGGAGUCGCUAUGACGACCGUGGAGGCCAUGGUGACGGAGUUCGGUUGCCGCGUGAGCGACAUCGUGGUGGCCGUGGGGCCGUCGGUGGGGGCGUGCUGUUUCACCCUGGAGCGAGAUCAGGCGCUGGACUUCCACCGCAUCCAUCCGGACUGCGUCCCGGAUCCAGAGUCCGCCAAACCGCACGUCAACAUCCGCCUCGCCAACAGAGUUCUCCUUCAGAACGGCGGCAUCCUGCCUGAACACAUCCACGACGACACGGUGACGGCGAGGCCCGGCGUGACGCCCUGCACCUCCUGCCACCCCGAGGCCUUCUUCUCCCACCGCAGAGACGGACUCAACUUCGGCACCCAGGUGGGCUUCCUGUGGAUAAAGGGGGCGGAGGAACCGACCCGACCCCCGUCAGACGGGACGGAGGAACCGGGCCGCCCCCCGUCAGACGGUGGCAGACAUCAACCAAAGACAGUUUAAAGAAACACCUGGAGGAACCACUUUGUUCUGAUUGUUCCUGACACAGUGAAAUAUUUAACACGAGCUCUCAGGAUGAAUAAUUUCUGCCUCGUUGCACAAUUAGUAUUUUCUGUUCCGAUGUUAAAAAGCUUAUUAAUUUUAAUGUCAAAUAAAUGUGAGUGGAUUUUAUUGAACAGGACCAAAUUAAAAGCAGCAGCUGUUGUUAAUGUGCUGUAAUGAGACGUUCAGGUGCAGGCAGGAGAGCUGGGAAAUAUGGAUACUGUGGGUUUAUUAAGGUAUAUUUCUUACUGAAACUUAAUAAAUAUCUUGAAUACGUAA